AGAUUAUGAACAACAGUGAACGUGAUUCGGAUCAUACAGUUUAUGAUCGGGUUAACCCGAUCAUAGUUUCCGAAAAGUCCUACAAUAAUAUAAUAUAAUCCAUAAAAUCACCUAUAAAGCGUCUAUAAAAUAAGUGGUUUGUGAUAUAUCUACAAAAACCAUUUAUUUUAUAUCUGUGGUAAUCUGAUUUCGCAACCAUCGAAAUAAUGGUGUCAAUAUUCGAUGGUUCUUGCAAUAGUUCAUAACAAAUAUUAUUUCUCGGUUAGUAUGAAUAAAAGAUUAGAUAGGAUGAACAAAACAAACAUUUCUGAUAUUUGAGGGGCGAUGACUGUUGUUUUGAUAGAAUAAAAUUUUCUAAAAUGAGGUAAAGAAAAUAUAAGUGAUACACAUUGUUAAGUUUCUAAUAUUCUGGUGGAUUAUUUUACAUUAUAACUAUACAUUUUAUGUAAAAUGUUAUUUGAUGAUAUAAAUAAGUGCUUGGACUCGCAACCUAAUUUAACUUAUGAUGAGGCCUGCUUGGACAUCCAGAAUACGCUAAACGUAGUAGUUCAAAUCUUGUAUCAGUAUGAUGAAUGCUAUAAGUGUGAUCCCCAAACUUUAACGACUCUGGAGCCAUAUAAAAAUACGUCUGUUCCCACUAAGACCAGUUCUCCUAUACAAAUAAUACGAAUUGAUUCUACAAAUAUAACGUGUCGUUACCACCAACUUCUUUAUGAACAUUAUCGUUAUGGGUUAAAUAUUACUAACAAGUGCUCUGAAAUUUAUAUUAAAGAGCCAGCUGAUGAUGCCUACUUACCUAUACUUAUGGCCUUUGUUAUAUUAUUUUCUUUUGGAACAUUUUGGUAUAUGGUCAAAUGUAUUUACAAAAAUAGUGGAAGAGUUAGACAAAUAUUAACUUGGAAUACAGAAAUGGAAGAAUAUCAAUUUUUGAAUGUUCAGGAUUUGAUUGGUUCAUCAGCGGGAACUCCAAUUAUUUUCGAGAGGCCACCAACAGCUUUAGCAAAACAUCCCAAUCGUUUGAAGUCCAUAGAUACUUUUAGAGGUUUAUGUAUUGCAGUUAUGAUAUUUGUUAACUAUGGGGGAGGUAAAUACUCAUUUUUCAGACAUUCUAUUUGGAAUGGAUUAACAAUUGCUGACCUGGUAUUCCCCUGGUUUAUAUGGUUGAUGGGAUUUUCUAUGACAAUGUCGAUGCAACAUAAAUUGAGAGCUCUGGUACCUAGAAGACUUAUGGUUUUUCAAGUUAUUAGAAGAUCGUUGAUUUUCAUCCUUCUUGGAGUUUUGCUCAAUUCUAACAAAAAUAUGUCGACAAUUGCAGCACUAAGAUUUCCAGGUGUACUUCAAAGGAUUGGUUUAGUAUAUUUACUGAUUGGUAUAUUAGAAAUAGUGCUCAUUAAAAGAUCUCAAACAGAAACUUCAUCUUGGGCGUCAGACCUUACCUCAAGCUGGAUACAGUGGACAGUAGUUUCGUGUUUGAUAUUAAUCCAUACCUGUAUAACUUUCCUCGCUGAAGUCCCUAACUGCGGCAAAGGCUAUUUAGGACCAGGAGGUUUAGAAGAUGGAGGACAUCAUUACAACUGUACAGGAGGUGUGGCAGGAUACAUAGAUCGAUCAGUAUUUGGCAACCAUAUGUACCAAAAUUUUGAAACGCAGAGAGUUUAUGAAAAUAUACUUCGUUUUGAUCCCGAAGGUAUUCUUAGCACUUUUACUUCAAUACUCACAGCCUAUUUCGGAGUUCAGGCUGGAAAGAUCUUAAUUAUUUAUGAAGGCGUUAGAGGAAAACUUAUCAGAUGGCUCAUUUGGGGUUUUAUAUUUGCACUUCUGGGUGGAAUUCUAUGUAGUUUUUCAAUAAAUGAAGGCUCAAUUCCCCUUAACAAAAAGCUUUGGUCUCUUUCUUAUACAUUUGUGACGGCCGGAAUGGCUUUCAUUAUUGAAGCUGGUCUAUAUUUGUUUGUGGACGUCUUGAAGAAAUGGGGAGGUAGACCAUUAUUCUAUCCGGGAAUGAAUGCUAUAAUUCUGUAUGUUGGACACGAAUUGUUCAAGAACACCUUUCCAUUCGGAUGGAUACCAACUUAUCCGACGCACUCAACGUAUCUAUUCAUGAACCUUUGGGGUACAUUCUUAUGGAUAUCAAUCUCAAUUUGGAUGUACAAACAUAACAUAUUUUUCAAAAUAUAAAAAAAUGUGAUAUUAUUAUUGUAUAA